GCGCGGCCGCGAGCGUCCCGGCGCAACUCCGCGCAGACGCCGGCUUAGUAACCGCAGAGUCUCGCAGGGCAACGGUGGAGGAAGGAAGCGGAAUCGCCCGCCUACCCUCGCCGAGAUGCACAACGCUUCGUACUCGGAGCUGGGGCUCUUCAACACGUCGUGCCCCGACCCUGCGCUGGGAUGCCUCAACGAGUGGAGCCCGCCGCCGCCGCCGCCGCCGCCGCCGUUGGCCUUGGCCGUGCCAGUCGUCUACGCGGUGAUCUGCACCGUGGGGCUGGCGGGCAACUCUGCGGUGCUGUACGUGCUGCUGCGGGCGCCCCGCAAGAAGACUGUCACCAACCUGUUUAUCCUCAACCUGGCCAUCGCUGACGAGCUCUUCACGCUCGUGCUGCCCAUUAAUAUCGCCGAUUUCCUGCUGCGGCAGUGGCCCUUCGGGGAGAUCAUGUGCAAGCUCACUGUGGCCAUCGACCAGUACAAUACCUUCUCCAGCCUCUACUUCCUCACCGUCAUGAGCGCCGACCGUUACCUGGUGGUGCUGGCCACCGCAGAGUCGCGCCGGGUGACCCGCCGCACGUACGGCGCCGCACGCGCCGUGAGCCUGGCGGUGUGGGGUCUCGUGACGCUGGUUGUGCUGCCCUUCGUGGUCUUCGCCCGGCUGGACGACGAACAGGGCCGGCGCCAAUGCGUACUGGUCUUCCCGCAGCCCGAGGCUUUCUGGUGGCGGGCGAGCCGCCUCUACACGCUUGUGCUCGGCUUCGCCAUCCCGGUGUCCACCAUCUGUGUCCUCUAUAUAGCCCUGCUCUGCCGGCUACGCGCCAUACGCCUCGAUAGUCACGCCAAGGCUCUGGACCGCGCUAAGAAGCGGGUGACUUUCUUGGUGGUUGCAAUCCUGGCCGUGUGCCUCCUCUGCUGGACGCCUUACCACCUGAGCACCGUGGUGGCGCUCACCACCGACCUCCCGCAGACGCCGCUGGUCAUCGCUGUCUCCUACUUCAUCACCAGUCUGAGCUAUACCAACAGCUGCCUCAACCCCUUCCUAUACGCCUUCCUGGACGACAGCUUCCGCAGGAGCCUUCGCCAGAUGUUAGCGUGCCGCGCCGCCGCCUGACGUCCCCACGCGCCCCGCUCCCGCACCCCGGCAUCGCCAGCCCUGCGGCGGUCAGAGUUCUGUUCCUGACCCACAAUCUUCCAGACGCUCCCGCCCCAAAACUUGUUAGAGAUGCAGAUUCUCGGACUCCGCCUCAGAUCUAGUGAAUCUGAAGCGCUGUGGGUGCAACCGAAAUUUGAAUUUGCCAGGUCCAUUGCGGCUGAGAACGCACACUGGCUGCUUCCUAAAGCCGAAGGGCAUUGAGGCGACCCCUGAACUUGACAUGGGAGGGUUGUAAGGGGAGGUGAGGAAGGCACAAAUGCUGGGAACAUCCUUCCCCGUCCCCAUACUUGCCUCCCUCCCAAGCCGUGCGCAACACCGGCUCUAGGUGGACACCUCCACUCUAUUACCGGGUGAAGGCCGAGGAUGCCGCGGCCCGCCCCCGGAGUCAGCUCCGCGCUUGUCUCUCUGCGCUUUGCUUCGGUUUCUAGUAGCGCCUGGCUGUGCUUUGCUCAAGCUGAGAAACAGCCGGCCGGGUCCCCGAGUCCUUCUCCGAGUGCUUUAACAGAUGGAGAAGAGAGUCAAGGCGCGUGCGUUCCUCGCCCUCUUCUCCCAGGUGCGCUAGGCUGGCCGACGCGAGAGGAAGGGAAGGGUGUGUGUGUAUGUGUGUGUGCGUGCGUGUGUGUGUGUAGCAGAGGCGUGGGUGGAGGAGGCUGGAGCUCGACUGUGACUCCCUACAGUAGUGAUAAGACUAGUGAUAAUUCCCCCUUCCUGUUCCAGCCCCUUUCUUUGCAUUUCCCCUUUCUUACCCCUGCGGCCACCUGAAAACGCUACAAGACUUUUAGGCUCUAGGGGUACUCAGCUCGCUUCACUGGAGAAAGGCCAGCAGCCAGUUACCCAGCCUCCCGCUUGUGGCACCCCUCUGCGGAGCCAGCUGCCCAGCGCGGAGCGUCGUAAAAU